UCGCAGAGUCGGUAUUAAUGUAUUUGCCAAAGGUUUGACGUCAUGUACAUCGGUGUCCGCAAAUGGAUUGUGAACUAUCUUGAGCUUCACAUCCAGCUAGUUCUCCUGCCUUCUCUAACUAGCGACGUUCGACGAAAACCUUAACUGUUCUUUUCUGCGCGGAUUUCAAUUUCUCGGUCGCAACUCCAGGUUGGGUCAAGCGUUGAGGUUUGGUGUUUGUUUAACAUCUUUUCAAACUUGGGUCUUCUUUUGGAAUUACAGCAAUUGUAGGCUAUACUAUCGUCCUCCAGACCAAUGGAGAACAUGGCCAGACCGGUUCCUUUAAACUCAUCUUUUCAACCUCCAACUAAUGGCGUACUGAAAUCCCUGUUGGAGAAUCCAAUGAAGCUGCCGUUUCAUCAUGAAGAAGGUUUGGGAAAAGAGAAGAAGGAGAAAGAGAAAAAGUUGGAUGAUGAAGGCGGGGCCAAUACUCCACAGUCGGCCUUCCUGGGGCCAACCCUGUGGGACAAGACCUUGCCAUAUGAUGGUGACAACUUUCAGCUGGAGUACAUGGACCUGGAAGAGUUUCUGUCAGAGAAUGGCAUCCCUGCAAACUCAGCUCAGAAUAACCAAAACCAGCCACAGCAGCCCCGGCAGCCCACUAUCCAGCAGGUUCCACCUGCACCCCCCACACCCUCUGUGGUCGACCUCAGCAGCCACACCACUACCGCCGUUCAUACAGCCAUGGUCUCCCAGAACUGUCUCCAGAGCCCCCCAGCCAGAGCAGUGCUGCCCUCAGCUGCCAGGAACACCCCCAGCCCCAUCGAUCCAGAGUCCAUUCAAGUUCCAGUGGGCUACGAGCCCGACCCUGCAGACCUGGCCCUGUCCAGCGUGCCCGGACAGGAGAUGUUUGACCCCCGAAAACGCAAGUUCGCCCCAGAGGAGCUCAAACCACAGCCCAUGAUCAAAAAGGCACGCAAGGUCUUCAUCCCCGAAGAUCUCAAGGAUGACAAGUACUGGGCCAGACGCAGAAAGAACAACGUAGCAGCCAAGAGGUCACGGGAUGCCAGGCGACUGAAGGAGAACCAAAUUGCCAUCCGGGCUGGCUUCCUGGAGAAGGAGAACAGUGCGCUUCGCUCAGAGGUGGCCGACUUGAGGAAGGAGCUGGGCCGCACCAAGAACAUUGUGGCCAAAUACGAGGCUCGGCACGGGCCCCUGUGAACCUCCCCAAACCAACAUCCCUGGAAACAUCCACGCCACACCCCUCCCUCUCACACUGUCACCCAAGAGUUUGAAGGACAAUGUGCCUCCGUUUUGGUGGCACUGCCCCCCCUACAUUGUAAUCCUAUAUGAUUCUAUAAUUUGGAAUUUGAAUUCUGUCACUGGCAUCCGUUUGUUUGUUCAUUCUGUCUUCUCAAUGUACAUGGGUUAUGAGUAUGUAUGUACAGUGGGGAAAAAAAGUAUUUAGUCAG